GCGACUACUCCGGGCGCAUGCGCAGCGGGGCUGUGGGUGUGCGCGGCGUACGGCACCGCGCCAGUCCUGAUGCCAACAUGGGUGGUUCGGCGCAGCUGGUGUUCCUGCUGUCGCUCCUGGUGAGCUCGUGGCUCGGGCUAGGAAAUGGACAGGCUGCUAGGAUGGUCCAACUGCCAGGUGGGAGAUUCCUGAUGGGAACAAAUUCCCCAGACAGCAGAGAUGGUGAAGGGCCUGUGCGGGAGGUGACAGUGAAACCCUUUGCCAUUGACAUAUUUCCCGUCACCAACAAAGAGUUCAGGGAUUUUAUCAGGGAGAAGAAGUAUCGGACAGAGGCUGAGAUGUUUGGAUGGAGCUUUGUCUUUGAGGAGUUUGUCUCCGAUGAGCUGAGAAACAAAGCAACCCAGCCAAUGAAGCCGGUACUCUGGUGGCUUCCAGUGGAAAAGGCAUUUUGGAGGCAGAGGACGACGGGAAUAUCAGGAAAUCGCUUGGCAGUCCUGCUUCCCUGCCGAAUCUUGUUUGCUGUUACCCAUCCGUUUCCCCCUUCCGUCUCCUGUAGUCUCUCUUUUCUGGCUCCGGAUGCUCCUCACUCACCUGGCUCUCUUCCAGCUCCCCUGCUCCAUCUACUGCCUGCAGGUCCUGGCUCUGGCAUCCGAGAGAGGCUGGAGUACCCAGUGUUACACGUGAGCUGGAAUGACGCCCGUGCCUACUGUGCUUGGCGGGGAAGACGGCUGCCCACUGAGGAAGAGUGGGAGUUUGCUGCCCGAGGGGGCUUGAAGGGUCAGGUUUACCCAUGGGGGAAUCGGUUCCAGCCAAACCGCACCAACCUGUGGCAGGGAAAAUUCCCCAAAGGGGACAAAGCUGAGGAUGGCUUCCAUGGAGUCUCCCCCGUGAAUGCUUUCCCUGCCCAGAACAACUACGGGCUCUAUGACCUCCUGGGCAACGUGUGGGAGUGGACAGCAUCUCCAUACCAGGCCGCUGAGCAGGACAUGCGCGUCCUUCGGGGGGCAUCCUGGAUCGACACAGCCGAUGGCUCUGCCAAUCACCGGGCCCGGGUCACCACCAGGAUGGGCAAUACUCCAGAUUCAGCCUCAGACAACCUGGGCUUCCGCUGUGCAGCAGACACAGGCCGGCCGCCGGGGGAGCUGUGAGCAGCCGGGUGGUGACAAGGAGAAAAGCCCUUUAGGGUCAUUGUCAUUCCCUGGCCAUGUUGCAAACACAGCCUAGGUCCAAGCUCAGGAGCUUCAGCCUCAGGAAGAAACUUCCCCUUUCCUGCCUCCCAUCCCUCUGUGGCAGGCAUCUCUCACCAGGGCAGGAGAGGACUCAGCCUGCUGUGUCUUGGAGGAGGGUGUGUUGGUGGUGGCCGGGAGCUCCGUGUUUCUCUUUGAAGCCAAGUAUUAUCGACACAGGGGCAAACACACAAACAAUUGAACAGAAGGCUCUGAAGGCCAUUUGUUAAACGUUUUAAAAUCCGUUCUGUCCUACUUUCUCCCUAGAUGAUUAUGAAGCUGACAUUGUUUCCUCAAGGCAGGAUUUUCGUGGUUCUGUUUGUUUUCCUGGCCAAUUGUUGUGGAAGGAGAAUGCUUUUUUCAUGG